AACGAUUUACGGUCGUCUCGAUUACGUUGCCGGUCCAGGUUCGCCCCUCCUGUUUAACUACGGUACAUUUGGUCCUUCGCGUCCGGGUAUCAUGGACAAAAAUGAGCUUGAAAAGCUACAAACGAAAAGGGAGGUUAUGUUCGCGAAAGUGAAAUGGGAGUUAUCCAUCGCCGAAACUCUUCGCACGAGGAAUCCUACGAUUGAGGAAGUGCAAGAGCGAAAGGAUAAGCUCACGGAACUUGCUGGCCACUUCGAGAAAUUGCAGACCACCAUUGAAGAAAACACCAGCAACUUGGAAGAUGUAGCGUCGGUAUUCAACUACCGCCUGCAAUUCGACGAAGUGUAUUACCAAGCGAAGGGAUUUUACACAUCGUAUCUGGAAGAUAAUCAGGAUCGGAUGUCAAACUACAGUGCCGGUACAGGUGAAUCGACUAAUGAUCUUCGGGAUGCGAUUAGAGCGCUUGUGGAGACGCAGCAGGCAAUGAUUUUAAAUCAAAUGAGGCCAACUCCACCACUAGCUGCCGGACAGGUGUCGAAUCCGUAUCAUCCACUCAACGUAAAACUUCCGCAGCUGAACAUCCCAAUUUUCAAAGGAGAAAGGAAGAACUGGCACUCUUUCAAGGACUUGUUUGUGAGUACCAUCCACAACAGGGCUGAUCUGAAAGAUUACCUCAAGAUGCAGUACUUAUUGUCGUACUUAGACGGCGAUGCGAAGAAAAUGGUAAGCUCAUUUCCUAUAAGCGAUGCCAACUACCAGGAAGCCUGGGACACGCUAGAAGCACACUACGAUAAAAAGAAGUACACGGUUUUUGCUCUGGUCCGAGAAUUCAUCGAUCAACCAUCAACGUCAACUGUGAGCGGACUAAAGAAGUUAGUAACCACAUCGGAUGACGUGAUACGUCAGCUCAAGGCACUCGGAAACGAAUUCGAAUCAAGAGAUCCGUGGCUUAUUCACUUGCUGCGGGAAAAGGUCGACAAAGAAACACGAUCACUAUGGGCCCAGAAAAUAAUUGAUGUCGAUAAUCCGAUGUUCGCAGAUUUUUUGGAGUUUUUACAAAAGCGCUGCGACGCACUUGAAACGUGCACAGCUUUCACAAAGCGACCAAAUCAAGCAGACAACACAAAAAGGGACUGCGCAAAGGCACAUAUUAGUGAAAAGGUGCAAUCAUUCCACGCCAAUACGUCACCGUCAGGGUGCGUCAAAUGCCUGAAGGAUCAUCCGAUCUAUCACUGUGAUCGAUUCAAAGAAAUGGAAGUGGCGGAGCGCAGAGAACUGGCACAAACAGCAAAGCUAUGCUUUAACUGUUUGCGCUCUUCCCACACAGCAAGGAAAUGUCCCUCAAAAUCUGUAUGCCGUUCUGCGGACUGCAAGCAACGUCACCAUACACUGUUGUGCACACAAGAAGCAAGGCAAAAGGGAAGGAAAUCGGAACAAGAUCAGUCAAAGCAGGAAAUUGGAGAGGAUUUAGCUACGGCAUCGGUGAAUGUGAACUCAACACAGACUCACGAGGAUGGACGCGAAAUCACACUGCUGCCGACGGUGGUGACACAGGUAGCUGGAAGUGACGGUAAAUUGUACGACGUAAGAGCUCUUGUUGACAGUGGCUCGCAGGUAUCGCUCAUCACAGAGGCGUGCGUAAAGCGCCUAGGUUUGAGGCGUAGCAACGCCACAUUGGAAGUCACUGGAGUAAACGCAGAGGUUGUCGGCAAAACCGCCGGCAAGGUUACACUGGUGAUCACACCACGCUUCGAGAAAGCAAGAAAGCUCGUCACACAAGCCUACGUACUGGGAAAACUAACGGCAACCCUGCCGUGUCAGCGAUUUAAUGUGUCAAAUAUGUCCUAUUUGGAAGGACUGCAACUAGCCGACCCACAAUUCAACAAGCCUGGGUCAAUGGACAUUAUUCUUGGGGCCGACGUGUUUCUGUCCAUCCUACAAUCUGGACAGGUCAAGGAUCACUACGGAAAUCCUGUGGCACAGCGUUCCGUCUUCGGGUGGAUGGUUGCAGGGAAAGUCUCAACAGACGAAUGUGCCCAUUCGUAUCACUCGGUCAUCAAUCUGCAUCAAGAGGUUGAUAUCGAUCGGACUCUGCGGCUGUUUUGGGAAGAUCAGGAGCUCCGUGAACCCAGGCAGCUAACUAAGGAUGAACAAAAAGUGGUUGAGGGUUUCAAUUCCACUCUCACACGUUCUCAGGAAGGUCGCUUCAUCGUCCGCUUACCAAUGGAUGAUUCGAAGCUCAAACUUGGAGACUCUCUGGUCGCUGCUACCAGACGAUUAAGGUUCAUGGAACGCAGAUUUGACAACGAUAGUGGUUUCAAACAACGAUACGUAUCCUUCAUGCAGGAAUAUCAGGAACUGGGACAUAUGAAGAUUGUUCCACAAGAAGAAAUUGACGUUGACUGCUCCCAGUCAUAUUACUUGCAACAUCACGGAGUUAUUAAAGAGGAGAGCGCCACUACCAAGCUCAGGGUGAUGUUCGAUGGCUCAGCCGUUACCACAAGCGGAACAUCACUGAACGAUGUAUUAUUAGAUGCCCCAAACAUCAAUGCGGAUCUCUUCGAAGUGCUGCUACGAUUCAGAUCGUACCCGGUGGCAUUCAUAGCGGACAUCGAGAAGAUGUACCGCCAAGUUUUAGUUCAUCCUAGCGACACCGACUACACGCGCAUCGUAUGGCGGGAUUCCCCGGACAAACCCAUCCAACAUUUCCGACUGCUCACUGUUACUUAUGGCUUGAAGAAUUCAGGAUUCCUGGCAAUGGCAGCGUUGCACAAGGCAGCAGAAGCAUUCGAGGUUAAGUAUCCAGAAGCGGCAGAGCGAAUUAAACGACACACUUACGUUGACGAUCUAACAUCUGGCGCGGACUCUGUGGAGAAGGCUAAGCGAAUAAUCAAGCAAAUCAACGAGAUACUUGGUGCGGCAGGUUUUACUCUCCGCAAAUGGAGUUCAAACUCAGCUGAAGUAUUAGAGUCUCUAUCAGACAUCAACAACAACUCGAUGGCGAUACAAUUCCCGGAUGAACGAAACACCGUGAAAGCCCUUGGGACGCAUUGGGUUCCAGGAGAAGAUGUCUUUACAUUUAAGGUGACUAUGGCAAACGACGGACCGAACACAAAACAUCAACUGCUAUCGGAUUCUGCCAAACUGUUCGACCCAUUCGGAUGGUUUGCACCAGUGAUAGUACGAGUCAAAAUUCUCUACCAAAGGUGUUGGCUCUACGACCUUAACUGGCAUGACGCAUUACCUCCUGUCAUCGAGGAGGCAUGGAUGGAAGUGAAAGAAAACCUACAUCAGCUGGAGCAAAUCAAGAUACCAAGAUGGGCGGCAAACUUCAACGGCCGCAUUGAACUACACGGGUUUUCUGACGCUUCAGAGGAGGCGUAUGCUGCUGUGAUAUACUUGAGGUCAGUGGACAGCAACGGCGAGAUCAAUGUUACUCUACUUGCUGCGAAGACGAAGGUCGCUCCAGUUCGUCAAGUUUCAAUACCGCGUCUGGAACUGAAUGCAGCUGAAUUGUUGGCAAAACUGAUGAAGCACGUAGCAGAACCUUUCAAAAGAUUCCACAUCGAGCAAUAUGCCUGGACUGAUUCCACCAUUGUACUGCAGUGGUUAUCCGGUCACCCCCGCAAGUGGAAUACGUACAUAGCCAAUAGAACUUCUUCGAUUUUAGACAUCUUGCCUAGGAAGCACUGGGCGCACGUCUCAUCAAAGGAUAAUCCAGCAGACUGUGCUUCUCGAGGCAUUUCUCCGCAAGAGCUUGUCAGCCAUCCGAUCUGGUGGACAGGUCCCGCAUGGUUGUAUGCCGCUUCGUCUAACUGGGGUCGAGACAUGCCACACGACACAUACGACGAGGAAACACUGGAGGUAAGAAAGCGUUUCCAAUCUCUCAAUGUUACGGUUAGUUUUCCAGCAUCGAAUAAUGUCAUCGAAAGAGAAAUCCUGGAGAAAAGAUCCGAUCUUACCACGGCAUGCUGGCAGCUCGCCCGUGUGAAUAGAUUCGUAUCCAAUAUGAAGAGUUUGAUUGGCGACACCAACAAAGUCACCGGUCCCAUAUUGCCAUCGGAGCUGCAUCGAGCUCGAAUGCAUUUCGUUCGACUAGCGCAGCAGGAGUUAUACGAAGAAGAAAUUAAAGCACUGAUUCGUGGGGAUGAAGUUCCUGCCAAAUCCAGCAUUUCGAGCUUGUACCCGUUUCUGGACGGCAUCGGCAUACUUAGAGUUGGGGGACGAUUGCAGCAUUCGAUGUAUUCCUUCGAUAUCAAACAUCCGAUAAUCCUAUCGAAAGAGCACCGUUUCACAAAACUAUUGGUAGAGGAAAUCCACGUCAACAACUGUCAUGCUGGGCCAACUUUGAUCACAGCAACCAUCAAUCAACGAUACUGGAUCCAAGGAUGUCAAACAGCCAUCAAGCGAGUAAUUCGGAAGUGCAUGACGUGCUGUCGUCAGAAGGCGCAAGCUGCCAAGCAGCUUAUGGGAAGUCUGCCAGCGUCUCGAGUAACAGCGUGUCGACCUUUCGCCCAUGUUGGGGUGGAUUAUGCUGGCCCAAUAAUGGUGCGCUGCAGUAACACGCGAGGAGCACGAUGUAUGAAGGGAUAUAUCGUCGUUUUUGUUUGCCUUUCAAGAGCCUUUAAGAGAAUGAUUGCGCGCCGUGGAUACUGCAGUGAAAUAUGGUCGGAUAAUGGCACUAACCUGGUUGGAGCAGAUCGACAAUUGCAGGAAGUAUAUGAAAUGGUGACAAAGCACGCCAAGCAAAAGGAGCACUUCUUCGCAAAUUUAGGAAUCCGUUGGCGAUUUAUACCACCGGCAAGCCCGCACCAGGGUGGCAUUUGGGAGGCUGCGGUAAAAAGCGCCAAAGAGUUGCUACGACCAAUCGUUGGUAAUGAGAAGCUGACAUAUGAAGAACUGUCUACGGUAUUAUGCCAAGUGGAAGCCUGUCUUAAUUCGAGACCCCUUUGCUCUAUAUCGUCAUGCCCUGACAGUCUCGAGGCGCUCACGCCGGGCCAUUUUUUGGUAGGCCAACCUCUAAAUUCGUUGCCUGAACCAGACGUCACCCAUCUCAGGAUGAACAUGCUCGAUCGGUGGCAGCGAGUUCAACGAUACACGCAGGACUUCUGGCAGCGCUGGCGAGAUGAGUACAUCGCUACACUGCAGCCCAGAGGGAAGUGGAAAACCAAGGAACAGAAUUUGAAUCCUGGACAACUCGUUCUCGUUAAAAACGAUAAUUGUCCGCCGUCAGCAUGGGAGCUGGCUCGCAUUGUCGCUGUACAUCCAGAUCAACAAGGAUUAGUUCGCAACGUCACGCUGCGCAGAGGCAAGUCGGAAUAUCAGCGCUCUGUCCAGAAGUUAUGUCCGCUUCCUGUUUGAGCCGUUGCCUCAAGGCGGGGUGGAUGUUUAUGAUCAUACAUGCGUCGACCCCUCGACGCCAACCAACAAUUUAUUUUCU